AUGGAGCUGAGCAGCAAGAAGAAGCUGCACGCCCUGUCCCUGGCCGAGAAGAUCCAGGUGCUGGAACUCCUGGACGAGUCUAAAAUGUCCCAAUCGGAAGUGGCCCGACGCUUCCAGGUGUCGCAGCCCCAGAUCUCACGAAUCUGCAAGAAUAAGGACAAGCUUCUGGCCGACUGGUGCAGUGGCACUGCCAACCGCGAGCGCAAGCGCAAACGGGAGUCCAAGUACAGCGGCAUCGACGAGGCUCUUCUGUGCUGGUACCACAUCGCCCGGGCCAAGGCUUGGGACGUCACGGGGCCUAUGCUGCUCCACAAAGCCAAGGAGCUGGCUGACCUCAUGGGCCAGGACUUCGUGCCUAGCAUUGGCUGGCUGGUCCGCUGGAAACGGCGGAACAACGUUGGCUUCGGGGCGCGACACGUUCUCUCACCUGCGUUUUCCCAGGAGCCGUCCCCUCCAGGACUCCUGCCCCAGUCCCCGCCACCUCUUUCCCUGAAAGACUUCUCCCCAGAGGACGUUUUUGGCUGUGCUGAGGUGCCCUUGCUCUAUAGGGCAGUGCCCGGCAGAGGGGGUGCCAGCGAUCAAGUUCGGGUGCUGCUGUGUGCCAACAGCAGAGGCACAGAGAAGCGGCGGUUAUUGGUUGGAGGGCGCCAGGCUGCCCCGAGAUGCUUCCUUGGGAUCAGCAGCGAGGCCCUGCCUGCUUCCUACCACCCAGAGCUGGGUAUCCCCUGGGCGGAGUGGUUGGCACAGUUUGACCAGGACGUGGGACGGCAGGGCCGCCAGGUAGCCCUGCUACUGGCUGCACAGGUGGUGGAAGAGUGGGCAGGCUUGCCCGGACUCUGCCACGUGCGGCUCUUACCCCUGGCGGCCACCAGCACCCCACCUUCCCUUCCCAGCUCCGUGGUGCGAGCCUUUAAGGCACAUUACCGACGUCGGCUGUUGGGCAAACUGACUGCGGUUCAAAGCCAGAGGGAUGGCACCUCCCUGGCUGAGGCUGGGGUGGACAUCACUGUAUUGGAUGCUUUGCAUCUGGCGGCAGCCGCCUGGGCCAAAGUGCCCCCUCAGCUCAUUCUCAGGAGCUUCAUCCAGGAAGGGCUGGCUCCGGGCAAAAGGUCCCCAUCUCCAGACGGAGCUUCAGCAGUGCCGCCAGCCCCCAGUGGGCUGAGCCUGGAGGAGUUUUCCCAAUACGUGGACCUGGAAGGCGAGGAAUCCAGCCCUGGGGUAUGCAAAAAGGAGACGGACUCUGAGGAUGCCGAGGGGCACGCAGAGGAUUCUCUGCCCACCAAGGCCGAUGCCCUCAGAGCCCUGGGCACUCUGAGGAGGUGGCUUGAGUGCAACGGUGCCUCCUCAGGGCUCUUUGAGAAAUUCUAUGAGUGUGAGGAGGAGGUAGAACGGCUGUGUUGCCUGUGA